AUGUCUCUUUCCAAAGACGAAGACCGAGAAGAACAAGAAGAGGAAGUUCUAGCACUCGAGGCUAUUUUUGGACCCGAAGUAUUCCAAAAAGACAAUCAGUCUCCCGACGCAUUCAUCUACACACUCAAUCUCGAUGAAGACACGCCCGAUCUCAAGUCGCCGCGAAUCCUAGUCGUGCGAUUCUUCUUGCCUCCAACUUACCCACGAACAGACAUGCCGUUUUACGAGAUUUCUUCGGUUUAUUUCGGACAGCUCAAAGUUGAUCAAGCUAUGGUGGACGAUAUCAAUAGAGGAUUUCAAGAACUAUUUCAACCCGGACAAGUUGUCUUGUUCGAAUGGAUCAAUUGGUUGCGUGAAUAUCUAGAGUCUAAAACCCAAAAUGGCUCUGAAGAUGUGAAUAAACUUUCCGACACAUUGAGCACUACUCGUGCUGGUUUUGAUAACGAAAAAAAAGAUAAAGAGGAAAAUGAUUAUUAUGAAGAACAAGAAGAACAAGAAGAUUAUGAUGAGACAGCCAAAGAGAUGGAUAGACCUACCGUAAGAUCGUGCUCCUCAGGAUUAGCAAGUAACGAGCCAGUACCUGAGAUCCAGUCAAGCAUCGAGCCACUCGUAGACCGAAAAUCAGUGUUUGUUGCUCACGUAGCCACAGUCUACAAUGCUAGCCAAGUUAGAGCAGUUGUGUCAAAACUAUUGGAAAACAAAAAGAUUGCCAAGGCAACUCAUAAUAUUAUGGCAUAUCGAAUUGUUCUGGACGACGGAAGAAUUCUUCAGGACAACGAUGAUGAUGGAGAAACAGCUGCCGGUGGUCGCCUUAUGCAUUUAUUGCAAAUCCUUGACGUACAACAUGCAGUAGUUGUAGUUAGCAGAUGGUUUGGAGGAAUCAUGCUGGGUGCCGAUCGUUUCAAAGAUAUCAAUAAUUGUGCUCGUAAGGCUCUUGAAGAUUUUGGUCACAUCAAGGAUGACAAGCAAAACCACGAGCAUGGAAAAUCGAAAGGAAAACACAAGAAAAAAUAA